CCCGCAACACGCAUCUCUCUCUCUCUCUCCACAGGUUUUAGGGUUUUGCCAUCUCUCCUGAAAGGCAAAACCUCUCUCCUUCUCUAUCUCAUGGCGCUGUAUUCUGCUUUUCGCCAUGCUCUGAGGGGAUCUUCAGGAGCUUCUUCUUCGAUUCUUCAGCAAUGGAGGUUCUGUUCCACUGCCUUGCCAACCCCAAAGCUCUUCGUCAGCGGCCUUUCAAGGCUAACCACAGAUGAAAAGCUGAAAGAAGCAUUCUCUCCUUUCGGACAGCUUGUCGAAGCCAAGGUUAUUACUGAUAGAGUCUCAGGAAGGUCGAAGGGCUUUGGUUUUGUAAGAUAUGCAACCAUAGAAGAGGCUGAGAGAGCUCGAGAAGGGAUGAAUGCAAAGUUCUUGGACGGUUGGGUUAUUUUCGUAGAUCCCGCAAAACCCCGGGGACCAAGACCCCCACCCACGCCAGAACUGGAGUCUUCCGAAACUGGGUUCAGGACAAACAAAACCAUUGGAUGGUGUGGAUGAUCGAUUGGAAGGAUCACGCCCCAUUUGAUCUCGAUGAAGAAAGAAGAGACAUACAAACCCCUUCCAAGAAUACAAGCAGUGUCUAGGGAAGGUUGGCAAAAAGGUAUUUUGAUUAUUUAUUUGGGACUGAUGAAUUUACGAACCUCCCUUUUGUACUUAUCUAUUUUCACAGUGGGGUUCGCUGGAUUGGCAGCUUGCUCAAGGCAAUGCUGCUCGCCAUGCCUCGUGCCUAUUUCUUGUGUAAUUGAAAGCUAUUUCCAGUGUUGUCAAAAUCCUACGACUUACGAUUUACGUUGAAUCUUAAGCAAAACGAGUUGAAUCCCA